ACUAGGUUUCCUACAGAAUUAGUAAGUGUGGAAAUGGAGCCGAGCUGGAGUACGUUUCUUUUUCAACAGGCCAAUGAAGCCCUCCACCACCAGCACCAGGUGGCCCAGAAUAGCCUGCUGCCUCUUCUUAAUGCAGGAGCUGAACAAGUUGACCAGAAGCCUGUCCUACCCAUCCAACUAGACCAGAAGCCACCCACCAGUGCUGCCGAUCUCCUCAAAGACAAUGUGGCUAGCGGAGGAGGUCCACGGCCACCAGUGCCUGUGAUAAAGAAAGAACACAAAGGCAAAACACCCUUCGUCUGCGGCUACUGUAACAAGGCCUUCCGUGACAGUUACCACCUGCGACGACAUGAGUCCAGCCACACCGGUAUCAAGAUGGUGUCGCGUCCGAAGAAGACGGCCCAAACAGCCCCCACCAUGGUACCCAUGAUCUCUACGAUGCCACGAGAGAACAACGGCAACUCCUCUUACAUCUCCACGGUAGCAGGCAUCCUCUCCACGGCAACCACGUCUGUUUCCUCAGGCACAAGUAUUAUGACGUCAUCCGCGAUGGGCAACGUGCCGCAGCAGAAUGUCGUCAAGAAACCUGCCAAACCUGUCAAGAAAAACCACGGGUGCGAGAUGUGUGGCAAAGCCUUUCGUGAUGUCUACCACCUGAAUCGCCACAAGCUAUCCCAUUCAGAUGAAAAGCCUUUCGAGUGCCCCAUUUGCCAGCAACGCUUUAAAAGGAAGGACCGGAUGACCUACCAUGUUCGCUCUCAUGACGGGGGAGUCCACAAGCCCUAUGUAUGUUCUGUGUGUGGGAAAGGCUUCUCCAGGCCAGACCACUUGAGCUGCCAUGUGAAGCAUGUGCAUUCCUCAGAAAGACCGUUUAAAUGUCAAGUAACGGCCUGUACCUCUGCUUUCGCCACCAAAGACAGACUCCGUUCCCACAUGAUCAGGCAUGAAGGCAAGGUCACCUGUAGCAUCUGUGGGAAGAUGCUCAGUGCCGCCUACAUCACCAGUCAUUUGAAGACUCACGGACAGACCAACUUCAACUCCUGUAAUAAAGAUGGUAACGAAGUCUGCAAUUCUGCCUCAGCUACACCUGUGACCGUCUCCGCUCCCAUCACCACGGCGAUGAACCGGGGCAACCUGAACAACAACAACCCCGUCACCAUAGCCGCACAAAUGAACAUUAGCACCAACACGGUCAACAUCACGUCUCCGGUCAGCCUCCAGCACCCAGUCACCAUCACCGGGCCCGUCAACAUCGCCUCUGUGAACAUCCCGGCCACGGCGCCCAUGAAUAUCGCCCACCCAGUCGCAAUAACCACCCCCAUGCCUAUGAAUAUAGCCGGUCCGCUCAACAUCGCAAUGAGGCCAGUGGAUAGCAUGCCUUUUCUGUCCCAAGUCUUGCCUUCUUCCCCACCCUGGUAAAGAAAAGAAGAAAAAAAGAAGGAGCGACAGGAUUGAACUGGCCAGAAAGAAAGGGAAAAUGAAGUGAAUCAAGAGACUCCUGUCCUCAUCUUUGCACCUCAAGCCCGGCUCUUCCUCCCUCCUCCUCCUCCUCCUCUUCCUCCUCCUCCCCCCUGAACAGUGUUUCACUUCACGAAGCCCUGAAGCGAACAUUUACACGAGCUGCGCGGCCGCCGGUAGGAGCUCCCCAAGUCGCAGCUGCGUCCCAGCUAAGGUUCAGUGACUGACGUGUGAUGCGGAACACUUGAGUAGAAUUUGAGUAGGAUUUAUCUUGAAAAUCAGGACAGGACUUAGCGUAGUCAGUUAGAAUGAUGAAACUGUGAUUUGUACCAUGACACACGAGAGGACGCCUCGAGCCCCCCUUGAGGAGUCCAUAGGAAAAAAAACACACUUGUGCUUUUGUAAAAGGGAGAUGUGAAAUGAACUGAAGCAAUAAGUAUAAAAUUGCUGUUUUUGAUGUUUUGCAAGUUCUCUCCCAAAGCUUCUGGGUGUUACUUUGUAUGUUUUUUUUUUGUUUUGUUUUGUUUUUUUUUUAAACUAUAGCCUGCUAAUCACUAUUUAAUGUUAUAGGAAAUGAGUCUAGUAAAAGGGACGGCAGCUUCCACGUGCAUGGAAGAGUAUUUUUUCACGAUGCUAUAGCGUUUCUUUUUCUUCUCAGAUAGUAGAUAUGCUCUCGAGGUACAGUGACUAACUUGUACAGUUGACAUAGUAAUGUAUUUUCAUGUCAGCAUUUUAAUUUUUUUUGCUUUCACCAGUCAAGCGGAUAUCUCGACACUGUCCGCUUGACGGUGAAAUAUUUGUGCUUUCCACUUUUAUGGAAACGCAAAGGUUUGAUUUUAUUUGUCUAUUUGUAGUGUUGAUUUUUCCAUGAAGUCAGAAUGGAACGAGUCUUGCACUGAAAGCAUAUCCUACAUACAGGUGAACAGCAGUAUUAUCAAAGAUCAAAUUGGAGUCUUAAGUGUUUUGGUUAGCCAGCCUGCACUUGAGGGCCAUCUAGUGGCUGAACAUGGAAAGGCCUGGCCUUGUAGUGAAGCUUUUUCAGGCUGUUACUGUCAUCAUAAUGGUGACCAAAUAGUUUGGCUGACUCUUCUGUACACUGUUGAAUUAUUUUUUUUUAUUAUUAUAUAUAUAUAUUUAUCAUUUUUCUGUUUUAGCCCCAAGAUGAUACUACGGACCCUUCACUCAGGAAACACACAGGAAAGCCCAUCACUCAUAAACAUGGUUCUUUUAAAUUUGAUACCCACUGUGUAUUUGAUUCUUGACUUUUUUUGUGUUUCUUUUCUGGCUUCCCUUAAAACAUUUGAAGAGUCGGGAACAAGAAGUUCAAGACUUAAUGCUUUUAAAUAGCCGUCCAUUUCAAAUGAUCGUUUACUGUACAAUGGAAUAAAUGCUGUACCUUUUGUUUUUUUUUGUUUUUUUUAUAUAUAACAUUUCUUUUAAAGUCCAGUUCAGUCUCAGUCUGCAUGGCUGAGAACUGGAAGAGUUUGAUAAAAAUGCAAGUUUGUGUCCAUUUAAAAAAAAAAAGAAAAUGGUACAAGAUUGACGUUGCAUGACCCCGAACACUGUAGCUGUUGAACAUUAACUAUUUUUUAAUGAAUGCCAUGUUAUCUCAGCAGUGUUGCAGCUCUUUGAGUUGAUUCAGUUUUUGACUGAAAAAUGCAAUAUGCAUGUUUGUCAUUUUUUUUCCAAGUUUUGUUUUAAACAAAAUUUUAGUGUAGCUUUUUUUUUUUUUUUUUUUGUUCUUAUGCAUUUACGUAGAGACACUAUAAUAGCCUGUUUGCCAAAUUUGAAACAAUAAUAAUGUGAUAAACUGACUAUUUCUUGUGGAAUUGAACAUCUCUUUAUUUUUAAGGAAAACAGUUGAUUGGAAAUUCCAGUACCGUUGUGAAAGCAGUUGAAUGUAUAUCUUUGUACAAAACUAUUUUAGUUCCAAGGACAUGGUAGUUACAAUAGAUGUUAAAGAUAAGAUAACCUUUUUUAUAAAUCUUUUGUAUUAGAACAUUAACAUUGAUAAUUUUGUAUAUAUGAGAGGCUAGGCUUUCUGAUUAGCAGAAAGGUCAAACAUUCCUACAUUUUUUUUAAAUGUACGUUUGUCAAAUUAUUACAUAAACAUGCGCAAUGUUAUGUGCCUUUUAUUUGGGUUGUCUAAAUAAAAGAAAACUAUCAAAUGUG